AUGGAUUUUUCUCAAAUUUUAGCAAAAGAGAUUGCUAAAAAAAAAGCUACUGUUCAAAAUGCCCAUGAGUUUAAAAAUAAUCUUGAUGAAAGGGCCAGCAUACCAUGUUCAAAUACGCAACCAAAACAAAAAGAAUAUAUUCCUAAAGCUGAUAUGAAUGAUAUGAAAAAAGCCAAAGAGGAACCCAGCAAAGCUAAUGAUAAAAGUGCAAUACCCCCAAAGGAGAGUGACACAAAUUUAAAAAGGCCAAGAAAUAGAGAUGAUUUUGAUGAACGUGAAAACCGUAAACGAAAGGUUCGAGAAGAAUGGGUACAAAAAAUGAAAGAAAAAGAGUUACAAAAGGAAGAAGAAUUAAAACAGAAGGAAGAAUUACAAAAAUUUGAAGAAAAUUUAUUAAGUGAUGAGCAGAUUUUAAUAGAGUUAAAAGCUAGGGGCUAUUUGGAAUCCGACUUACAGAACGAACCUAGGUCUUCUUUAGUAAAAAAGCUACACAAAAUCAACGAAAGAGAAGAGAAACAAAGACGUAUUCAAAUGGAAAAUAGCGUGAAUAUGGAAAUUAUUGAGAGUGAAAUUUUGCAUGAUCGUGAAAAAGUACAGGCACAAAUGGCAGCUACUAUUCGCACUUUACUUUCUGAGUGGAAAAACGUAUUAGAAAAAAAUAAUGACACACCUGACCAAGCCAAACAAGUAUUACGAGAAACUGUUUCUUAUUGCAAGCCACUUCUAACUCGACUAAGAAGUAAAGAUAAUCCAUUUCCAGAGAAACUUUAUAAUAAAUUAGCUCGAUUGUUUAUGCAUAUUCAAAAGCACCAAUAUCGGGAGGCGAACUCGAUUUACAUCAAAAUGAGCAUAGGUAAUGCAGCUUGGCCAGUGGGUGUUACAGCUGUAGGCAUACAUGCAAGAAGUGCAAGGGAACGUAUUACUGGUGAAAAUAAUGAGAGUUCAGGUGUUGAUGUUGCACACAUAUUAAGUGAUGAAGACACUCGCAAAUGGAUAAUUGCCGUGAAAAGAUUUAUUACGUUUGCCGAAGCACAUUUACAAGACAAAAGCUUUCAAUCAUAA